AUGGUCCGGCUCAACAAGCCUCUCGACCACCUGGAAUGCUUUCUCCCGUCAACAACGCCUCAAUGCCAUGCAUCCAACCUACUUCUACUGGACAAUGGCGAUCUUUUGUGCGCGUGGUUCGGUGGCACCCAAGAAGGCAAACCCGACAUCUCCAUCUAUCUGAGCCGGCGGCCUGCAGGCGCAGGCCCGUGGCUCAGGGCAGAGAAAGUCACCUUUGACGGCUCUAGAAGCGAACAGAAUCCCGUUCUUUUUCAAACGCCAUCAUCUCCUCGGGAAUUCUGGCUCUUGUAUACUUCUCAGGAGGCUGGCAAUCAAGACUCAGCGGUCGUCAAGCGGCAAGUUUCCAAGGACAAUGGCAGGUCAUGGGGCCAGCCAGAUAUCCUCUUCGGCGAGCCAGGAACUUUCAUACGACAGCCAGUCGUGAUCCUGAAGGAUGGCGCGUGGGCGGUACCCACGUUCAAGUGUCGAACAGAACCUGGCAUGCGCUGGAUCGGCAACGACGAUAUCUCGGCUGUCCGCAUCUCACGGGACGAGGGCCAGACUUGGAGCGAGACUGAGGUUCCAGAGAGCUUCGGAGCUGUGCACAUGGUGAUCCGGCAGCUGAAAGACAGAACCUAUUUCGCCUUGUUUCGGAGCCGCUGGGCCGAUAAUAUUUACUCAUCCACCUCAGCCGACGGCGUUUCCUGGUCGAAGCCGGUCCCGACAGAGUUGCCCAAUCCGAACUCUGGCAUCUGUUUCGAUGUUCUUCCUAGCGGACGAAUUUUGGCAGUGUAUAAUCACUCGUCAAAGGCUAAUGCGCAAGGUCGUCGUGAGGGUCUCUACGAUGAUAUUGCAGAUGCUUCGGAUGUCCGCAAGAACCAGGGGGCUGGUCAGAAUGGGAAGGAAGCCUUCUGGGGCGCACCAAGAGCGCCGCUGUGUCUUGCUUGGAGUGACAAUGAUGGGGUUUCGUGGAAGCACACGGUCCUCGAGGAAGGCGACGGAUAUUGUAUGACAAACAACAGCCAGGAAAAGCUGAACCGUGAGCUGUCAUAUCCGAGUAUCACACUGAGCCCGGAUGGGAAGGUGCACAUAGCUUUCACAUACUGGAGGCAGAAUAUCAAGUAUGUAGAGCUGGACCCAGCCGUGUUGGAUGCAGCGUAG